GGAUGCUGCUAUUCGUAUUCUGUAUUUAUAUUUUAUUGAUUUUACUCUUACUGGAAUAAGAUUGUUAUUAUAGGAAGUUGUUGGAAGAUUGUUAUCAUAGGUAGCCAGUAAAACAAUCGUUUCAGAAUAUUUUAAGUAAUCUUAAUAAACAACAAGUAAAAUCUGAAUGUGAAAAGUGAAUAAAAUAAACAAAAUGUUUUGGAAAUUAAUAGUUGUAUUUUCUGCAUUUUUUGUGGAGACUGAAUUAUAUGAAGAUAAAAGAUGCCAUUGCACUUGCCCUACUCCAACUUCAAUACUCAAUAAUACCAAGAAAUCUGACAGAACUCUUUAUAUUGCCUAUGUACCACCUCAUAAAUGCAACUGUGAUGGAGUCAUUCUGCCAAAGGUAGAUGAUGAAAUACGAGAAAAUGCCCAUAUAUUUUGCCCAAGAUGUGAUUGUAGGUAUGAGACUAGAAACUCAACUAUAAUUAUGGUUGUAGUGAUACUGGUUGUGUGGUUGGUGGUGCUGUUAAUAGGGUACUACAUAUUUUUAAUGGUGCUUGAAAAGCUUGUAUCAAGAAGAUCAACUUAUCCAUAUCAAAUACGAAGCACAUCUGAUGAAAUUGAAAAUUUAUUGAUGCACGAAAUGGAAAUAGAAGCCUAAGGCGCAAAAUGACAACAGACUAAUUAAGACGAACAAUGUAUAAUCGAAAAACAUUUAUUUAUGAAUGUACAUAUAAAAUUAUAAUUUGUUUGAGAAUAAUCAAAUAAAUUAAAACAUAA